CCCGUCCAGCCCAGCCCAGUCCAGUGCCCCGUAGCCCGUAGCCUGUAGUGCCGUACCCUUCACUCGUCAGUCCUGAGCCUCAUUCAAUGUCACAUCUCGAGACCUCCACCACCGCCAAAUCCAACGGCCAGCAUAUUUCCUCAUUACUUUCGUUAUUCGACUACAAUUAACUCUCUGUCUCUCGGGGGGCCACUUUUCACUGGCUUGUAAGUGAUUUCCAAUUUCUGAACUGUCUCUUGCCCGCAAAGCUGCCCUUCAAGCUGCUGCUCGCCUGCCUUCUCAAGAAUACACGUACCGGAUGGUAUACUUCGAAGAAUUCAAACCGGAACGCGGUCCUAACUUGCUCCUGAUGUAUCUACGACCUCUAUAGAUGCGAUCGACGAUUUGCGAAACUUUGUGCGUCCUCGCACAUUCCCUAGCAUCCCUCAGUCAAUCGAAAAGCAUCAUCAGCCCUAUUUCAAAUUUAUCCCCAAACUCCUCGAUAUGCGCCGGCGAUAUUCAGACAAUAUUUGAAGAAGCCAUUGUUAUGGUUGAUAUGGGUUCCGGAUCGCCUCCUUGUGCUCUGGGCCGUCUGAUGGCUUUUGGGACUCUGGCGUCACAGCAAAAGUCGAGUUUUUGGCAUCAAAUGCUAACUUCGUCGUCCUCAGCCCCACCGCCGCCGACAACACCCCUCGACAGAACACUUUCAAUGUCUUUAUCUAAUGGGAACGAUACUCCGAUGGAGGGUCCUGCUCUUACGAACGAUGAUGCCCCUUACGAUAGCACAUCAGAGCUCUCUGACGUGGCCAACCCCCCCAUAGUCGACGAACUUUCCCCGGCGACCUCCUCGAACCACCAGUCUGAGUUUGGAGCUCAAGACACAGAUGCUUCCGAUUCUGCUGCAGAGGCCCAAGAUGAAUCCGAUGAUGCCGACUUCGACAUGGAGGACAGCCCACCAGAAGCUCCCACAACUACUGCACGCGAGGAACGAUCCACGUCCACGGAGUCUCGUCGUCCCGCUAAGAGGAAGCUACCGGCAGAAGACGAGCACAUAUUGGCCAAUCCAGAAUUGUAUGGUCUGCGGAGAAGUGGUCGCCCUGUCCAACAACGGACCAUCAUUGAGUCCGAUGAUGAAAACGAUGAUGAUUCCGAAUCUGAUGUCGUGCCUGUUCAUCGAACCAAGCGAAGGAAACAGGAACGUUCUCAGCCUUCAUCGAAACGCGAGACACCAAUGCUACGCUCGGCUUCCGUAUCCGACUCCGAUUCCGAUACAUAUGGAGGCGCGCGAGCUCGAACAGCUACGAAGAAGAAUCGUCGUCGCCAGCUAGAAUCUGGCAACCUUGCACCUGUGUAUCAGGAGAAACGAUGGAAUAGUCGAAGAGCUGCUCAAGUUACAGCUGGGGCUUAUCAAGAAAGUGACGCGGAACUGGAGGACGAGUCUGAGUUGAUGACCCCCAACCAUUGGCCUGGAGACCAAGUCGAAGACAAUACUCCAUAUAUUGACACCGUCCUGAAGCAUCGGCUCAAGGACGGUCAGGACAUCAACAAAGAAGACUUGGGUCGAGACGACUUUGAAUACUUUAUCAAGUGGCAGGGCAAGUCUCACUACCAUGCAACUUGGGAAACCACCACUUCUUUAACGGGCAUGCGCGGCUUCCGUCGACUUGAGAACUAUUAUCGAAAGAUUGUACUCGAAGACAUAUGGAUAGCGCGUGGUACUGAUAUACCCCCAGAGGAAAGAGAGAAGUGGAUGUUAGACCGUGAGCGCGAUUCGGAUGCUCUUCUUGAUUACACCAAAGUCGAGCGUGUCAUCGGCACACGAGAUGGCGAGGAGGAGACUGAGUACUUCGUCAAGUGGAAAGGCCUCUAUUACGAAUCCUGUACUUGGGAAGUGUCAUCACUCGUCAGUGACAUUGCGCAGGAUGCUAUCGACAAGUUCCUGGACCGUACGUCCCGGACUUUGGUAUCCAGCAAGGAGGAAACAAACCCAAAUACUCGCGGGCCUCAUGUGCCAAUUCGAGAGCAGCCACCAUACAUCAAGAAUGGACAACUUCGAGACUUCCAGAUUACUGGCCUCAACUUCUUGGCUUACAACUGGUGUAAGAAUAAGAAUGUCAUCCUUGCAGACGAGAUGGGAUUGGGAAAGACAGUGCAAACAGUAUCUUUCAUGAACUGGCUCCGACAUGAUCGGCACCAAGAAGGACCCUUUCUAGUCGUUGUUCCUUUAACAACUAUCCCGGCAUGGGCGGAUACUUUCGAAUAUUGGUCUCCAGACGUCAACUAUGUCAUUUACAAUGGCAAGGAAUCAUCUCGAAGCAUCAUCCGCGAGUAUGAGUUGUUCUCUGACGGCAAUAUCAAGAAGCCCAAAUUCAAUGUUCUGCUUACAUCGUACGAGUAUAUUCUUACAGAUGCGACUAUCUUGUCCCAAAUCAAAUGGCAGUUUAUGGCAGUUGAUGAAGCACACCGUUUGAAGAACCGAGAAUCUCAACUAUACCAGAGACUACUCGACUUCAAAGCCCCUAGCCGAUUGUUAAUUACGGGAACGCCAGUCCAAAAUACUCUCGGAGAGUUGUCCGCUCUGAUGGACUUUCUCAUGCCGGGUGAAUUGGACAUUGAGGAGGAUAUGGACUUGACCGAAGAAGCUGCUGGUGAAAAGAUCGCUGCCCUCACCAACAAGAUCCAACCCUACAUUCUGCGCCGUACGAAACAAAAGGUCGAGAAUGACUUGCCUCCGAAGAGCGAGAAGAUCAUUCGAGUUGAGCUGUCCGAUGUGCAGUUGGAUUACUACAAGAAUAUUCUUACGAGAAAUUACGCUGCACUCAACGAAGGCGGCAAGGGCCAGAAGCAAUCCCUUCUGAACAUCAUGAUGGAAUUAAAAAAGGCCAGCAAUCACCCUUACAUGUUUCCCAACGCUGAGGAUAAGAUUUUGAAAGGAAGUGAUCGACGCGAAGACCAGCUGAAGGGAUUGAUUGCUAGCAGUGGAAAGAUGAUGCUCCUGGAUCAACUCCUUACCAAGCUCAAGCGCGAUAAUCACCGUGUUUUAAUAUUCAGCCAAAUGGUGCGGAUGCUUGAUAUUCUAGGCGACUACCUGCAACUUCGAGGCUAUCAAUUCCAACGCCUGGACGGUACCAUUGCUGCUGGUCCUCGCCGAAUGGCGAUUGAUCACUUCAAUGCCGAUAACAGCAACGACUUCUGUUUCCUUCUUUCUACCCGAGCUGGUGGUCUUGGAAUCAACCUGAUGACCGCUGACACUGUUAUCAUCUUCGAUUCCGAUUGGAACCCUCAAGCAGAUCUGCAAGCUAUGGCUCGUGCCCAUCGUAUUGGGCAGAAGAAACCUGUCAGUAUCUAUCGACUGGUCUCGAAAGAGACUGUCGAGGAAGAGGUUCUAGAGCGAGCUCGUAAUAAGCUUAUGCUCGAAUUCAUCACAAUUCAAAGAGGCGUAACUGACAAAGAAAAGAAGGAACUAAGAGAAAAGGCGGUUAAGGCUGGCAAGAUUGAUGACCCCAAGUCCUCUGAUGACAUCUCUAGGAUUCUCAAGCGUAGAGGACAGAAGAUGUUCGAGCAGUCUGGAAAUCAAAAGAAGCUGGAAGAACUCGACAUUGACGCAGUACUGGAGAAUGCCGAGGAACAUAAGACCGAGGUUCCAGAAGGCAUGGUUGCUGAUGGUGGUGAAGACUUCUUGAAGAGUUUCGAAUACACGGAUGUUAAGAUCGACCUCGAGUGGGAUGACAUCAUCCCCAAAGAUCAGCUCGCGGAAAUCAAGGCGGACGAGGAGAAACGCAACCACGAAGCAUACCUCGCUCGGGUCGUCGAGGAAAAUGCGCCUCGCAAAGCCACCAAAAAGAAUACUGCUGAGAUUGAGAGAGAACAGCGCCUUGCCAAGAAGAGGGAGCGCGACCAAGCAAAGCAGGAUGAACUCGAUGAGAAGAGAGAGGCACAGGCCAAUCGUGCUGAUCCUAAGAGAGAAUUAAAUGAAAAGGAGGCAAGAAAUCUGUUCCGAGCAUUCCUCCGUUAUGGGUCUAUUGAGGAACGCAGAGACGAGCUCAUAAAAGAUGCGCGUCUAGUAGGCCGAGAUCUUGACCUUCUUCGAGCAACCAUAAAAGCUAUCACGGAUGAAAGCGAUAGAAGAUUGAAGGAGGAUGCCGCCAGAAUCGAAGCUAUGGAGCGCGAAACAAACAAGCCUCUCACGAAAAAAGACAAGAAGGCUGUUCUGUUCGAUUUUCUUGGGGUGAAAAGACUCAAUGCGGAGACCGUUAUUGAACGUCCAGGCGAAAUGAUGAUGUUGAAGGAGAUCAUCAAUGCCACCUCAGACUUUAAGAACUUCCGAGUCCCUGACGCAUCCAAGGCUGCUCACUAUUCCUGUGAUUGGGGUGCCAGAGAGGACGGCAUGCUACUUGUUGGUAUCCACAGACAUGGCUAUGGUGCGUGGGUUCAAAUCAGAGACGAUACAGAUCUCGGCCUGAAGGAUAAGUUCUUCUUGGAAGAGCAUCGUGUCGACAAAAAGGAAGAACGAAACAAGGGAGAAGAGAAGGUUGCAAAAGCUCCUGGUGCUGUUCAUCUUGUUCGUCGAGCCGACUAUCUUCUGUCAGUUUUGAAGGCCAAGUAUUCCGACAAUCAAGCUGCUAAGCGGGCUGUGGAGAAUCACCAUCGGAACAACAAGAAGCACGACCGCAUCAAUGGCCACCGACGCACCGAUACCCGCGGCUCUGUUUCUGCGUCACCUGCUCCUUCAGCAAGAAAACCUCAUCGUGUCCCCGAGUCUCAUCAUAGUCGAGACAGAGAUAGAGACAUCGAAUCACGCCGCUAUGGUGACUCAAGUACCCCGAAGCCUGAUCUCAAAAGAAAGCAUAGUGCACCAGAGGAUAAUCGGCAUCAUGAUCGUCAUUCGAAACCUCGAAAGUCCGAGAAUGGGCACUCAAAAUCCGUCGAAGAGCAAGAUUCCAUGCUUCGCAUGAUCUUCAAACCCAUCAGGGAUAGUUUAAAGCGCGUGCAGUCUGCUACUAAGGAUCGCAUAAAUUCGCAGAAAGAACGUGCCAGUGUCAUGAAGGCUGAACUUAUAGUGAUUGGGAAUUUCAUUGAGAAUUUGGCUCGAGAGGAAGAGGGGAAGAAUCUCAAGCAAAGCUUUUGGGAAUAUGCUGCUGGCUUUUGGCCUCAACCAGCGGAUCCCACGAAAGCUGCUUCUGGGUCGAAAUUAGAGGCCAUGUAUACAAAGAUUACUACCACAAAGACUGAAAGCAAGGAUGGCAAUGGUCUCUCUGCGGCGCCAAUCACCAACGGAUCAGCUGCUGCAACCAUUAAGGGUUAAUUUCCUAUACGUCGGAUUUUUUGGCACCAUUGCGUUGGCGUUAAUUUGUAUUUAUUCCCCUCAAAAUGGGGACACACUGGGCUGGGACUGCAUUGUCGAGCGGCUGGAAUCAUUGCAUCAACCGGGCGUAGCUGUUAUCAUGCUUUAGAGUGGCGUAUCAUGCUCUUGGUUGGAGUCUCGGAGGUUUAUUGAGCAUACGUAUGGGGUAUUUCUAUCAAAAAGUCAUGGCUAUGACAAUAUCCAUUGGACUAAGAAUAAGUCCGGUAGGGCAACGUUGAGAUAUGUUAACAUUGAAAAGCGGUACCUUUGCUUAUGACAGGGAGGGAGAUACCUAUGGAGUCAUUCGUCUUAUACACAAGCAAAUAGGCACCACAACUUAUCUACUCUCCUAGAUA